CUCCGUGUCCGUGUGUUUACAUUGGAAGGCAAUCUAGCAGCCCAUUAUAAAAGUUGUACAUAGCUGGCUGUGCUUGUGUGAGGAGGAGAGGGGGGGGUGGUUGUUGGAGCUUGCGCGGGCAGAGGAAGGGGCCCGCCAUCUGGCAAGGAGAGCCACCGGAGUUCGGGUCGGGAGCAAGCCGCAGCUCCGCUUCCACCAUGGGGGUGACUGUGGAGGCGCACAAGGUUUACAGAUACCCCUUCGAGCAGGUGGUGGCCAGCUACCUCCGCAAGUAUCCCAGUCCCAUGGAGAAACAUGUUACAGCUGUAAAAACUGUAGAAGAGAAAAUGGAUUUGUCUACUGGGAUAAUAUACCGGAAAAGGAUUGCAACGUGCCAGAAUGUAAUUCCACAAAUUUUAAGAAAGGUCAGUGUCCUAAAAGUGUCUGAUGUCUACUUAGAAGAGGAAUCUUGGCUUAAUAUGCAGGAAAGAAUUAUGUCUAUGAAGACUCGGUGCCUUACAUGGACACAGUAUGCCACUCUAAAAGAAGAAUCCAUUUUCAGGGAAAGCUUGGAGAAUCCAAAUUGGACAGAGUUCAUUCAGAAAGGGGGAAUAUCAAUUAAAGGAGCAGGACUGCUGAAUUGCUUACUGGAAGCAUUUGCACAAACAUUUUUAAAUCAAGGUGUCAAAAAGGGCAUUACAAUAAUGGAGACACUUCUGCAAGAACAGUUUGGGAGCCCAUUUUUGUAAUGAAGUAAAGAGAAGAAAUCUGAAGAUCUCCUUACUAUCAACCCUGCUUCUUGAAGAAGUUUCCAGCAUUUUAUGGAUCAUCGUUUUAAUGAAUAAGAAAAGCCUGGAGUAGAGAAAACAGUUGUCUAUGCACUAGUUCAUAUAAAUGGAAUUAUGUAAAAAUCUAUGCUCCAGUGUGAUCAAGGAGAAACUAAAGGGUAUUGUGAAAAGUGCAUCACUGUGCACUGUGUUCUAAUCUCCAAAGACUAAGUAUUCAUAGAAAAUUCUCAAAACGAAAAAAAUCUCCAAAGACUUUUGUGUAGGGACUCUCAGCCAAAAAGAACAGAUUUUUCUGUACUUUAAUAUAUUGUCAGUUUCUCAGAAUUGAAAUCUUAUUCUGCAGCAGUGCAACUGAGAUGUUAAAUUAAUAGCGACUUUGUAUAUCACACAAGGUCUCCCAUCUGAAAAGCAUGAAUUCAAGAUCUCCAGAUAUUUAUGUAUAUAUUUUUAAAUGAUAGUGUUAUGGAAAACUGCUUAAAAACACCACCGAUACAGUUCUUAUCUUUCAGGAACAUAAUAUAAAAACAUAAAAUGUGAAUCAUUGCAAAAAUUUUCUAGCUUUCUGAGUAUGUGAAACCUUGAAAACUGUACUUAUUAGUAUCUUUCCACUUUUUGUGAACACUGAACUCCAAUUACAGCACUUCUUGAAUUGUAAUUUUGUUCAGUCUUUGAGUGAUGACAAGUUUUGAUAGGCAGGUUUAAAGUAUGCAUAAUAUAAAUUGACAUUACAUUAACUGAUAGGUUUAUUUGAUAGAUUUGAGUAUGGAGAAUAUUCUUGUUUAUUACUUGAAUUUCUAACCCCUUCAGAUUUGGGGUGUAAACUAGCUGAUCAGUACAAAGUAUGCAGUUUUAUUUGAACUUUCCAUUUGAGAAUCUGAUCUUAGGUUUCGUUCAUUUCAGAUACCAGUCUGUAUUGGAUUUUGCCCCAUUGAAUCUGGUGGAUGCACCACACUGAUAAUACUGGCCAACAUCCAGACUAAUGAAGUGGUUAUGCAGUAACAUUGCAUGUGUGCUUCAGGAGAGUGGUGAUUUUUCAUUGAUCUCCCCUUUCCUCUGUAGCCAAUGGUGACUCUUAAAAAUAGGUAGCUGAGAGUUGUGCAGUCCUCAUGGAUGUACAGAAGGAAGGAGGAAAAAAAAUGAAAACCACUCCUUCCCUGGAGUGCUUGCUAUGUAUUCACUGCACAAAUGCUGUGUUAGUCCAGAUAUCAGUCAUUUAUACAGGUGAAACUCGGAAAAUUAGAAUAUCGUGCAAAAGUCCAUUAAU